GCAGUUCGAGCCAGCGAGGCGGCUGCGCAGCUGCGCCAGCGAGAGGAAGCCCGGAAGGUCCUCCUCGAAUGUCGGGACCUCCAAGACCAGAUCGAGGGCCUCCGGGGGCAGCACCGUGCCUUCCGCGCCGCGGAGGCCGCUGUGGCCCAAGCUACGAAGGAGUCGGAAGUGCCGACACCAGCAGCACCGGUGGUUCACAUCAGCCGGGAUCAGCUGGAGCAGACUUUCCGAGUGGAGCACGACCACCUUGAGGCCCGUGCCAAUGCCGCCGCGUCCGCCGCCUGGGUGGAGGAACUCCGUCGCUGGGGUCGAGAGUUGGAGUACUGGCGCUCCAGAUCGCAGCAGCUCCUCAGCCAAGCGCCCUCACCUGCUGCUACAGUAGAGAUCCGUGCCGCCGAGGAGGAAUGCAGCCAUGCUCAAGCCAAAGCAGAAGCUGUUGAAUCAGCUGUGCUACGGAGCCACGAGACUCGUUCGCAGGGGUGGAGAACGCAAAAGCCGUCGACGGCGAGGGGCGCGCGGGGCGCUGCGGGGCGAGGCACCCCCGCAAAGCCAGCGCCGGGUAAAGGUGGCUACAGUCCUCUUCACCUGCUACGCUCGGUGCUCAAGGUGGAGGAGCAGUUUUCGGUGAUCGAGUCCGAAACCGAGGAGGUCGCGGCACAGGUGGCGCAGACGAUCCAGGCGCAGUCGGAAAUGGAGCAGCACACUGCUUUGAAGGCUGAGCUGACUGAGCUCAAGGAGCAUUCAGAGCAGCUGGAAGCAUGUGAGGCAGCCCUGCAGGACGAACUGGUGGGAGAUUUCUCCGGAGAGCUCCGCAAGGAGGCUCUCAACGUCAACCUCGGCGUCCUUGGACAUAUCGACAGUGGAAAGACCUCGAUCUGCAAGAUGCUGUCUACGGUCACUUCCACGGCAUCUAUGGACAAGAGCAGAGAGUCCCAGGAGCGCGGCAUCACACUCGACCUCGGCUUUUCCUCCUUCUCCACGGAUGCACCAGAGCACAUCCAGUCUGCUGGCUUCGACAGCAUCCAGUGGUGCUUGGUGGACUGUCCUGGGCACGCCUCCUUGAUCAGGACCGUCAUAGGUGGCGCACAGAUCAUCGACCUGUGCGCGCUCGUGAUCGAUGUGAACAAGGGCAUUCAAACGCAGACGGCCGAGUGCAUGGUGGUUGCCGAAAUCUUGGCGAACCAGCUCGUCGUCAUCCUGAACAAGAUCGACAUGAUCCCUGCGGAGAAGCGGAAGAAAGUGUUGGACAAGGUCGUCAAAGAACUGCGAAAGACCUUCCAAAGAACGAAGUUUGGUUCCGACCUGCCCUUUGCCUGCGUCUCCGCACAUCCACAG